CUUCACUCUGCUGCUUUGGUCUGUGUGCAGCACACAACACAUUGAUUGUCCGUUAGUUUUCUGAACAGUUAGUGGAUAAAACUCACUAGUAUGACUAUAUGAAGGUUAUGUAACAGUUAUGUUUGGCAAUCAGGGCAUCCAACCUGUCAUCGUAGUUUUUAACAACACAAAAAACUGCUUUCUUCACCUCCCGUCGAACCUGAUAUCACAUCUUUCCCUGCAGGAGAACCAGGCUUUGGAGUUGUCGUGGGGCGAUGGGUCUCCAGUGUUCCUCAGCUGGACUCAAAACAGAGCCUCCUCGAACCUGGAUGACCAUAAAGUGGAGCUGUGUCGCCAACUGGGAGAGAAGCUGGGGUUGAAAGAUGGAGAACAGGGCUUCCUGCGGCCUUGUCAGCAGAUCUCAUCAGUGCAUCAAGUGUUUGUGGAGCCUCUGUCUUCUGAUGACUGGGAGAUCUUGGAGCUCCACAGCACCACUCUGGAGCAGCAGCUGUUGGAUCAGAUCAGAGUGGUGUUUCAUGAUGCCGUGUUCCCUGUGUGGGUGGACCGCCACACAGCCAUCUACAUCAGAAUAGCUUCACUCUUGCCGUCUGUAUCCUACGGUCGUCUUGAGCAGUUCACAGAACUUGUUGUCUCCCCUAAGAGUCGCACUGGAUUCGGCAACCCCAGUGGCUCUUCACCAGGAACCAGUCAGCGCCAGCAUCCUAACAACCAGUCAAACUAUGACCUGUCCUCCUCACCGGGAUCGUCAUUAGAAAGUAGUGUUCAGGAGACCAGUCAUUACUCUACCACUGCUUAUGCCUCCUCUGUUCCUCAAAGCCCGCAAUGGGGUGGCAUCGCUGACCUAAAGAGUCUGCUACGUUACAUGUUAAAGGGUCCUUAUGACCCUGUCAAGGAAGUGCCCCCUGUCCCCGACAUCCCUGCCCUCCUUACAGACUCUGUGUACAGAGUAUGUGGUACACCACCUAACUCUCUUUGCACAAUAAACCAUGCCACAACAGGGGUGGUGCAUUUGUUUCCUUGGGGCCAGGGUGUAGAUGUUGGAUCACCUGCAGGCCACUCUGCAGUGACAUACGGCAUGCUCUCGAAGGUCCCCUCCCCUAAAGAACUGAAGAACAAAGCCAAGCAGGCUGUCGACAAUAAGAAGAACAAUGGUGUUCCCAAGGCUGCUGCUGCUGCACAAGAUAAAGGAGACGAGGUGAAGGAAGAGGAGGCCGUCGUGGUCAGGCUGGUGUGCCACCACAUGGAGAAGCUAGCAGGCAAGCAGAGGUGUGCCAACAGGGGACAGAUCCAUUGUGGCAGAGUCUGGAUCCCACAGCACUUGUUGACAAGGCUGAAUAUCAUGCCUCAUUUAACAGUAAGAAUUAAGCCUGUCAGAUCACCUGUCAAAGUAGCCUCCACUAUUCGCCUACAGCCUUUAAAGCCACUGCCUGAAGACGAUGAUGAUGAGGAGAUCCGGAUGGCUUUCCUAGGCUGGCUGCACACUCAGAGCCAUGAGCCACUGGCCUGCCUGACUGCGCGCUCUAGCUUCAUUCUCCUGCAUGGAGCUGACGAAAAAAUAGAGUUUGCUUUAACUGUGAUAAAGCCAGAGCCAGAGAGCGAUCCUCCCGACCAGCUGUUUCUGCUUGCGCCGACUGUCAUCGAGAAGGCAGACAUAGAGGUAAACAGAGAGCCAGUAACCAAGCCAUCUGUGAAAGCUGGAGCUGACACACUAAACCCCGAGCUUCCUGCUCUGAGCAGUCUUGGUGGGAUGAAGGAGCUGAGUAUGACUGGAUUUGAGUUCAUCUCCCACAGCCUUCUGGGUAGUCCCCUCUCACGAGAGCUGGGUUCCACUGGAAAGGGACUGCGAGGUGGAGCUCUACUCAUCACUGGUGCUAAGGGGAGUGGCAAGAGUACUUUGUCUAGAGCCUUCUGCAGGAAAGCAAGAGAGGAGCUGGACGCACAUGUGGAGGUGGUGGACUGCAAAAAGCUACAAGGCAAAAGGGCAGAAACUGUGAGACAGAUGCUGCAGGACGUUUUUGAACAGGCAGAAUGGAGGCAGCCCUCUGUGGUUCUGCUCGAUGACCUGGAUCAUGUUACGGGGGCACCAACCUCAGCAGAACAUGAGCAAGGCCCUGAGGCGCUGCUACAACAGUACAUUGCACAGAGUCUGAAGGAUGUGGUGGAUGAGCUGGUACUUCACUCUAGUCUGGUGUGUUUGAUCAUCACCAGCCAGACUGAACACUCUCUCCACCCCUCCCUGACUGAGGUGCAGGGAUCCCACUUCAUCCAGGGAUUCGUUCACAUCCAGCCUCCUGACCAGGCCCAGAGAGCAGCGAUCCUGCGCUGUCUGAUCCUCAGGAAGACUGGCCUCUCAGAUGAGACCCUAAGUACUCUUGACCUCGGUGCUGUUGCCAAGGAAACAGAGGGUUAUGUGCCCCGAGACCUGGCUCUCCUGCUGGAACGGGCCAUCCAUGCCAACACUGUGCAAAGAGGACACACUGAUCAGGGUGUGUGUCUGCAUUUGAGGGACUUCCUGCAGGCUCUGAAGGGAUUCACCCCUCCCUCACUAUGGGGGGUGGAGUUCCAUGCGCCAAGUGGGGCAGGGCUAGAGAGAGUGGGUGGGCUGAGAGAGGUGCGACAGCAGCUGAUGGACACCAUCCUGCUUCCUGCUAAGUACCCUGUCCUGUUCUCCAGACUUCCAAUCCGCCAUCGCUCAGGGAUCUUGCUGUAUGGGGCUCCUGGCACAGGGAAGACUCUGCUGGCAGGGGCCGUGGCUAAAGAGAGUGGAAUGCACUUCAUCAGCAUCAAGGGACCUGAACUUCUCAGUAAGUACAUUGGAGCCAGUGAGCAGGCAGUCCGGGACGUCUUCCAGAGGGCCCAGUCUGCCAAGCCAUGCAUCCUUUUCUUUGAUGAGUUUGACUCCUUGGCCCCCAGGAGGGGCCAUGACAGCACUGGGGUGACUGAUCGUGUGGUGAACCAGCUCCUCACCCAGCUUGAUGGGGUGGAGGGCCUACAGGGUGUGUAUGUGCUAGCAGCCACCAGUCGUCCAGACCUCAUAGACCCCGCCCUGCUGAGACCUGGAAGACUGGACAAGUCCCUCUACUGCCCUCCUCCUGACCUCGAGGCGCGUGUGGAGAUUCUCCGGGCUCUGAGUGCCGGCGUCCCGCUGGCUGCUGAUGUGGACUUGCAGCAGCUGGCAUCUGCUACAGAGCUGUUCACCGGGGCCGACCUGAAGGCCCUGCUCUACAACGCCCAGCUGGAGGCCGUCCACAGCACCCUGGGGACCAGCACGCUGCACGAGCUGACCUCCGGUUCAGACAGCGAUAUGAGCCUGUCAUCCAUGAUCUUCCUGAACCACAGCAGCGGCUCGGACGACUCGGCAGGUGAGGGCGAGGCUGGCCUGGGGCUGGAGCAGUCCAUGGUUUUACUGGAGCCCAGUGAGCUCCUAGCAGAACCUGAGAAACACCACAGCAACAUCUGGAGACUCUACUUUGGAAGCUCCUAUGAGUCAGAGUUGGGGAACCCGUCACUUUCAGGAUUGGGGAAUCAGAAUCCCUAUGUGGGCAGCUCCCUCCCCCCGGCCUACAUGCCCUCCCUCCAGGCCGGCUAUGAAGAGGUAGGCUCAGAGCAGCUGGAGCGCCUCCUGCAGGACAUUAACAACAUCAAAAACAACUGCAGGAGAGCCAAUGAGGAGUGUGUGCGGGUCCAGUCAGCCUCCAGCCAGCCAGGUCUGAUGCUGUGUCAAGCCCACGUGAACUCGGCCUUGGCUGUGACCAGGCCGUCCCUCAGCAAAGCCGACUGGAAGAGAUACACUGACCUGUAUGAAGCCUUUGGUGGAUCAGGAGAGGGGAAAUCUCAGCGCUCAGUCACAUUCAAACCAGGACAACGUGUGACUCUGGCUUGAUCAAACACAUCUCUGUUUCACUCAUUAUAUUAUGGUUUUGAUGCUCACUUGUUGAUAUAUUGAUAUUAUAGCUAUCAGUGUAGCUUGAGAACAACUUGAGAGCUUAAAAAUGAUGCAAAUGAAUAUAAAUACUUAAGGUGUGCUGCUGACUUAAUUAUGAAUGUAACAGGGAUGGGAAUUGACAGAUCCCUCGAUGUGAUACGAUUCACAAUACCUGGGUGCCUAUCCUGCUUCUAUUGUGAUUCUGUAAUUAUUGUGAUUCAAUAUUGCAAAUUGUGCAAUUUUUGAUAAUUUUUAUUAACAUUAUACUAUGGAAAAAAAUAUGGUCAAAGUAUCAAUUAAGGGUCAGCAUGGCAAUGUUGUCAUCAAGUCAUCAAAAAAAAAUGUGAAAAUGAAAAAAAUGUGAUUUGUUACUGAUAUGAUCCCUAGAAUGUAAUGCAUUUAAUGUAAUUACUGUAUAUAUGUACAAUAUCAAAAAAUAAAUUCUAUGAUUAUUGGUACAA